AAAUUUUCAAAAAUUUUCUUAUGCUUAAAGCAAAGCUUUAUCUAAAGUGCAGCAAAGGCAUAAAAUGAAUUCACUCGUAAGAUUUUUGAUAUUCGUAGCAUGUCUCAACCUACUAUGCCUUAUGCGAUUACUUUACGAGGUAUUCAAAUAGUCGAAUUGGUGCACCUCGAAGGCGAGAAUCUCUUAUCAAUAUUUUUAUUCAAGGCUUCCUUUAUAUGACAUUGAAGUUUGAACAGUUUUGGCAUUUGUGAUUUUUCGGUACAAUUCAAAAUUUCUAUGCUAAAUGGAGAAAAAUAUCAAACUCAGCUCUAAAAGCUACUACCAAAAUACUGAAACCACACAAAUACUUAUACCUAAACCUAAUACAAUAUUUAUCUCUACGAACUGAAACCACAUUAUAAAUAUGGCAUGCUUUAAGCGCGACAGGCUCGACUGCGAAUGUCCCGUAGAGUGUCCGAAAGUCCAGCUAACCAAGGAACGUCGCUACACCUGGAUGAAUUCCAGUGGUUGCAUAGUCAGUCGCCCGCUGACGAACUACGAGUGCCAGCUGGAGGAUGAGGUGCAGAAGCUGCAGGAUGCGCUAUUUUCUUUAUCCUCGCACUAUGCCAAAAUUCAGUUUCGUUUGCGUCAGAUAGCCACAGCCUCGGGCUACGAGCAGGAGUGUCUGCUGCGCGAACUGGAGCGGGUCACAUGCCAGGGCAUCGAUGACAGACACAACGAGCUGCCCAACCUGUUGAGCGACUCGCACAGGCUGGGCAAUGUGCGUGGCAAGCAGCAUAAGAUCAUCUCAGAUAUCAGGAGUCGGCUCACGAACCUGGCCGAAGUGACCGAUGUCUGUUUCUGCGCAGAGUCCGAGAGUAGCUACAAUUUGCGUAGACACCAUCAGCGAGAGCUGGACGAAGCGCCUUUCGAGGAAACACCAUUACCUGCCACAGAGGAGCAUGAGAAGAACUGUUCGUGUGUCGUUUGUCAGGAACGUUUGGAGGAAAAAUGCAAAGUGCCAGCCUAUGAGCGGGGUUUUCUGUCGGAGACCUGGCCAAACGAGGACUGCAUUGAAGAAACCCAAACCCAAACCAAGCAGAAGAAGAAAAAGUCUAAUAAAUAUAGUCUGGAAAAACUAUUAAUUGAGCAAUCGAGCCUGUUAAAUCCAAGUCGCACCGGUGCAAGCCGCACAGUUAUAAGUUCUGCUAGUGGUAAAAAAGGUCCCAAGGAAGUAAAUUCCAUGCAAAGAAAUUCACGAAUCAGCGGCGUACAAAGCGCCAGAAGUCUCAAUCGCACAGUUUCUGUUAACAGUAAAAGUAAAUCGAAAAGUAAUCAGGAAAUUAAAAGACAAAACAAAAGUGUAGUGCAAAAGCCACCAACGCAAAGCUCUAAAUGCUGGCAAGUGCAACGCAGAAAAUCUAACGAGCCGCAAAAAUUCUCGCCAAGAAACUCGAGAAUGCAAAACGCUUUAGAUGCAGCUGAGGCUGGGGAAAAGUGCGUGCCUGGUUGCAAAUGUCCGGGAUCGAAGCGCAUGAGUCAACGGGACCUUGCAUUAAUGCAAAACUACAAGACUCAAAUGGAGCUGAAAAAGAGCAAGUCUAGAAAUAGAGCUCAGGGCUCUAAGUUGAAAAACGAUAUAGAAGGUAAUACAGAAACAGAAUCGACACGGAGAUGCCAGAGCUGCUGCAGUAAUCCUGUAGAGUAUAAAACGAAAAACACGAAUAUGAAUGGAGCCAAGGACACAAACCGAUUUAAACCACAGAGCUGCACAACGCUAUACUCUGGCAAUCAAGUAGAGCAUAAGGGGAAAACGACAAAUUUCAAAAAAGCCAAAGAAUCACCACGAAUAAGUCCUCAAGGCUCCGAAAUGCAAUACUACAAAAAUCAUGUUGAGAUACGAAGAGACAGCAAGGUCAAGUCUCAAAAUUUCAAAGCAAGUUGCCCACAGACCUGCAUAACGAUAUGCCCCGGCAAUCAGGCGCAACAAAAUGUGCAUAUCAAGAGAUCAACACGCUGUAGCAUUCAGAACUCACUGCUGCAAUACCCAGACAAUCAAGUAAAGCACAAAAAUAAAAGCAUUCAUAACAAUAGUGCUAGGGAAUCACCCCGUAGUAGCUCACCAAGCCCGAGAAUUCAAUCUCCUCCCGAACGAGUAGAGCAGACUAAGAGCCUGAAGGCAAGUAAAUCCACAUACAGAGCCCAAUCGAACGGACAAAGUACUCCUCCAAGUGAGUUAAUGCAAUGCGAUGGAAAUCAAGAUGCUUGUGAGAUAAGCAAGUCCAGCAUUAGAUCGAAGGAAUCUCAACAGCGCCCGGCCAAAAGAGUGCAAUACCAGAAUCUGGAUUGUGACUGCGAAAGCGAUUCGGAGCUAAGUUCCGGUUGUCAAAACCACCAACAAGACAGCAGCCAAGAAACCGUCCAUAGCCGGGAAACCGAUUGCAGGGAGGGAGAUACACAGGUCCCAAGGUACAACUGUGCCUUGGCAGAGAUGUCCACAUGUUUUGUUCAUAAGCGCAACGCAAGAACAUUAUGCGAUGAGCGAUCUUGUACGGGUGUUUGUUCUAAAACUUGUACAUGCUGGGAUCAGCUGCCGGAUGAGAGUAGCAAGAAGCCAAGCAAAAAAGAAUUGAAAACUUGUGACAAGGAAACCUGCGCUAUUAAGCAGGCUAAAAGGCAGGCGAAAAAGAAGCCCGAAAAGAAAGAGAGCAAAAAGGAUUUGAAAUCAAAAUCCAUGACCAUGAUACCAAACGUAAAGCCAUUGACACCAGCACUAAAGCCUCCACGCAACUUUGUCGAGAGCCAGAAGAAUAGUUACCUAAUCUAUCCAAAUGUUCCCGCCAAAUAUGGUUCGCCAACCAAAGAGAAAUGUGGUCGACGUUUCUGUAGAUUGUUUUGUAACAAGCUAAGCAGAAGCUCGGUAGAUCCAAAUAUUAAGAAGAAGCCUGACAAAAAAGAACUUAAACUAAGCGAAAGCCUCACUAACCCCUGCCCACAAACGUCAAACAGCCAAGGCCGCGAGACUGUGCUUCAAGAACUAAAGUCUCGCUUCAGAGCGAAAGAGUCGAGCGCAAAUGAGGGAGGCUGGCGACUAGUUAAGCUAUAAUCAUAAGUUAUCUUAAAACACUCUCAAACAAUGGCAGGAACUCUCUGGAGCCACGUUGAAAGUGUUUUAGUUUAGUUUAGGAUUAUACUUGCUUCCAAUAACUGGUAGAUCGUAUGAUUUAUAUUGUAUGAUGGCAUGUUAUGUAAGCCGUAGUAAAUGUUAACUGGACUCAGGUUCAGCAGAUGUGCCAUGCCCAGGGUCUUGGAGAUCAUCUCACCAUAGGCAGAAGCUGGCUCCUGCUGUUGAUCUUGGCCAAGAAUACCAAAGUGCAAAGUCAAAUGCGUCUGUCAUUAUAUAGAAGUUUAGUGUUUGGAUAUUUAGUAAAAUAAUAAAGAGCUCUCUAUAUAUUGUUGUUUAUAA